AUGGUUUCUUCUAUUUCCUCAUCAUCAAGAAAAUCCACAGCGGAUCCGGCAUCAUGGUACUGUUCCAUAGUCCUGUUGUCUCUCAUACUCUUGGCCUCCAUAAAGGAGGCCUAUGAAUAUGACGACGACAACUCGGCCGCCACGGCUGCAGCCGUGACGGGGCAGAGGAGCAACCUGCGUGUACGGCCGUGCGACGAGAUAUACGUGGUGGGAGAAGGAGAGACACUUCACACCAUAAGUGACAAGUGCAGUGAUCCAUUCAUCGUUGAACGCAACCCUCAUAUUCAUGAUCCUGAUGAUGUCUUUCCUGGCCUUGUCAUCAAAAUCACACCCAAUUUUAUUAAUUAA